AUGAGUCAGCAGGCCCCGACAAACCUGGAUCUUAUUUCGGACGCCUCGUUUGUGUCCGAUGAAGGGAAAGGUGGCUGUAGCACCAAAACCAAACAAGUUCGAUUCGAUGCGCUCUUUUCUCCUUUGGAGACGGAAGCGGUAAAUACACCUUCGUUUGUUGAUGGACUCCCAAAAGAAGCUCUGACAAAAUGCGGCAAAAACAGCGUAGGGGAGGAGGCGCUGACCCAUACAUCACUGCCUCUUCCAGCUACCCCCUCGGAGUCUCUUGACCUUUCAGUCCUUGAUGAGCCUCACCUACAGCAGACUCUGGAGGCGCUCUCUCUCGAUGCGCCCAAGAUCAAUUCCGUCAGGGCCCUGCAGGAAGAGAUUAUUCAAAUCGCCAGUCGCAUUAAUAAGGCCUCCCAGUCGGCAGCAUCCACUGCGGAAAAGUUGGCGACGGGAACCUGUGGCUACAGGGGUGGUGGCACGUGUCUGAACUUUGCGCGAGAGGAGCGGCUCUACAAGGACCUUUUGGCAGUUUCCCUUGACGACGCUGAAGUGGUGAAAGCCGAGCGGGAUAAAGCGGCGCGUCGGCGACGCCGUCUCCUCGCUGAGGCCGCACGACUUCACCCGCCCAAGGCAGAAAUUUUGCCAGAACCCUGCCCAAUGAAAUUCUUCAAUCCUCAACUACACAUCUUUCAAUCAGCGCGACUAGACAUCACCGGAAUGACCGAUUACCGGCCGCUUCCAGAGAGUCUCUCAACAGCUCACCAAUUGGACGCCAUUAGGCUGGACUACCGUCUUUGCACCGAACCUGGCUAUUUCGUUUGA